AUGUCAGAAUUAGAUGUUGGUAUAAUCAAGCAAGAAAUUCUUUCAUUACUUGUUUCCGCUAAAAAUGGACUUAGUGAAUAUGAAUUACUUAAUGAUUAUCGAUUAUAUAAUUCAAAUAAAGAACUUCCAUAUAGAGAUUUAGGUUAUUCAUCAUUGAUAGCACUACUUCGUUCAUGGCCAGAUGUUUGUCGUUUUCAACAACAAGGAAAUAAUAUUAUAAAGAUUCUAGCUGUCGAAGAAGAAAAUACAAAACAUAUUUUAUCUAUGGUCAAAGGACAACGUUCAAACAAAACUCGACGACGUGGUCGAGGUGGUCGUAAUCGAGCACGAGGCGGAGAUGCAAAUCGAAACAAUGGUCGUGAUAAUCGUGGUGCUCGAUUCUCACAAAAUACUAUUAAUUUCAAUAAUAAUCGAUCAGGAGGCAAUAUUCGUGGUAUAUCCAAUGUUCGUAUGACUUUUAAUAAUACUCGUUUCGAACGAUCAACUGCACCAGCUCGUUCAACAAUCGGACAAUCGAAUCAAAAUUCUCGAAACAAACCAAAUGUAAGAAUUAUCAUUUAUAUUUAACAAACAUAGAAAAUUUUAAUUGAUAAGUGAUACAAAAAAGUUUCUAGAUGCAAUGCUUCUCAUUCCUCUUAGUUAAUUCUACAGGAAUGUAAUAAAACAAUAGUUCAUAGAUUAUAACACGUUGUCAUUGAUAUCCAGUCCUUUGAUUGUAACAUCUAUCACGGUCAAGAAAACGAUAAUUGGUCGCAUGUUUGACAGAAGCGUGAUUCCUAUUUCAUUUUCCACAAACUUCUAUUUGUAGAUAUGUAAUUCAAUUACAUAAGCACCUGACAAAGACAAGGGUGCGAUCUAAAAAAUUGAAGAUCUACCCCAAUGGAAUGGCUUGGCAGAUCAUCUCGCUAGUGAAUGGUAUUUUAAUCUUGGCAUUCACAUUUUUGAAUUUAUCGAAAUGUUAUAAAAAGAUAAAAAAAACUAUAUUUAUUGUCGAAUAGCGAUAACCGUAGCUGACAGUAGCUCCACAAUAAAGAAUAAUUAUACUAGAGGAUUAUGGAAGAUUUUUCAUGCAAUUUCCAUGUAAAAUUUUUACAUGGGGUUAC